AUGGGGCCUGGAAAAGCUGGCCUAAAGAUUGCUGGGGAACCACGUAGUCUGCAGACCGACCGUGGUCGCAGACGCAAAACUCACGGUCAAAACAAUGAAAAUCGAAACAAAAACAAAAACAACAACAACAACAACAACAACAACAACAACCAUACUUAUUCUCCUCAUUCUACCUCUUCUUUCCCUUCCUCUGCCUAUACUUCUCCUUCGUCACCUUCUUCUCCAGCUCCUUCCCGUCGCCCCACUCGUUUUCCCCAGACUGACAGGGUGAGCCCGCUCACUCUGGCAGCCUGGAAUGUUCGUUCCCUUUUAGACAAUAUGAGGAGCAACCGACCAGAACGGAGGACGGCGCUAGUGGCACGAGAACUGGCGCGCUACAAGGUGAACAUCGCCGCACUAAGCGAGACUCGAUUCUCCGAACAAGACCAACUGGAGGAGAUGGGUGCCGGCUACAUCUUCUUCUGGAGUGGUCGCCCCUGGGCAGAGCGACGAGACGCGGGUGUCGCCUUCGCCAUCCGGAACGACACCGUGGGACGACUGCCCUGUUUGCCGCAGGUCAUCAACGAUCGCCUGAUGAGCCUCCGCCUGCCUCUCCGGCGGGGAGGCAAAUUCGCCACCAUCAUCGACGCCUACGCUCCGCCGAUGACCAGUUCCGACGCCGCAAGAGACAAAUUCUACGAGGACCUGCAGGCCCUCUUGGCGACUGUGUCGAAGGCGGACAAGUUGAUUGUCCUUGGUGACUUCAACGCCCGCGUCGGCACAGAUCAUGCUGCCUGA